AUGGACGACACUUCACAUCCUCCAAAUGGGAGCCUGAAGAAUAUGGAGUUUACGCCUGUAGGAUUUAUCAAAUCUAAGCAAAACUCUACACAAACACAAGUCGUAUCGCCCACUAAGGUGCCAAACUAUAAUGACGAUGACGAAAACGAAGGCCCGGCGAGGAAAAUGCGAAGAAUAAGCAUUGAUGAUACCAUUGACUCUACCAGGUUGUUUAGCGAAGCUUCGCAAUUCGAUGACAGUUUCCCAGAAAUCAAGGCCAAUAUACCGCCGAGUUCAAGGUCAGGCAAUAUCGAUAAAAACCGUAAAAGAAACCUGAUUGAUGAUUUGAAAAAGGACGUACCAAUGUCACAGCCUUUAAAAGAGCAAGAAGUUAGAGAACACCAAUUGAAAAAAGACCGGUUUGAGCGUGCGUUAGAAAGUAAACUACUAGGGAAAAGACACAUAACAUACGCUCAAUCCGAUCUUUCUAAUAAAGAGCUAUAUAUUAAUGAAAUUAAAACAUUGAGGCAUGAAAUUAAAGAAUUAAGAAAAGAAAGAAAUGACUCUUUGAACAACUAUGACAAUCUCGAACAAGAAAUGGAUGACUUGAGGAAUAAACUACAACAACUAGAAAAAGAACUUGCCACCAAAAACAAACUUGUGGAUUCGAAAAAGGUAGAGGACCAUUCUGCAUGUAUAGAAGAACGUGAAAGGAUUGAAGAAAAACUGAAUGACUCGGAAAGUAAGUUGAAGACAAUGAAGGGUCAAGUUCAUGAAUCGGAGAAUAGUGCAAAUAGAAAAAGUUCACUGUUGGAAUCCAAGGAAAUUGAAUUAAGAAAAUUAACCAAUCAAAUCAAUGAGCUAGAAAAUAACGCAGAGGCAACCUGUGCACAAUUGGAUUCUAAGAAAAAUGAAUUGAGAAAGUUAACGGAACGACUUAAUGAGCUGGAAAAUCAGGCAAAUGAAAAGGACUCCCAAUUAAAAUCAAAGGAAAACGAGGUAAAAAGAUUAAGAAAUCAACUAAAUGAACUAGAAGACAGGGUUAAUGAAAAUGGUUCGCAAUCUUCUGCAAAAGAAAGCGAAUUGAAGAAGUCUAAAAUCCAAAUAAACGAGCUAGAGGAAGAGAUAAACAAAAAAAGCUCACAGCUAACCGCUAAAGAAAAUGAAUUGAAAACACUGGUGGCUCAAUUAAACCAACUAGAGAUUAAAAUGAAUCAAAAAGAUUCACAACUGGGUUCGAAGGAAGAAGAAUUGAGAGCUGUUAAUGAGAAGUUACACACCGAUAUUAAGAUUUCAAGACAGCAAACUGCUUCAAGGGAUAAACAAAUUUCCGAUUUACAAACUAAAGUCCAAGAUUUGGAAAAUGAUUUAUCUCUAAUGAAAAAAACGCAUAACGAUUCAAAAUCAGUCGCUAAUAAUGAACUAGAAUCUAAAGUUAAAAUGAUCAGAACCUUAGAAAGCGAUUUGGAACUUGCACAGGAAAAGUGUUCAAACAUAGAACGCGAGCUGAAAGAAAAGGAAGACAAAUAUCGGUUUUCGAAGUCAAACCUGGGAGACGAAAAUAUUAAACUGAACGAAAAAGUUUCAAAUUUAACCACAGAAAACUCACAACUUAAAAGUAGAUUAAAUGAUGAAUCUACGGCCGUCAGUAAUUUAAAAGACCAUUAUGAAACACAGUUAAGUUCAAUGAGGAAAGAAGUAGAAGAAUAUAAGACAAGCGCAGAAAAAUUUGAGUCCGAGGUUGAAGAAUUAAGAAUCAGAAUUACGGAAAACUCCGCCAAAGUAUCUGAAAAAAGAUCAAUGGAACUAAAACAAAAGGAGAAUCAAAUCAAUGAGCUCAACAACGAUCUGAAAGGACAAAGGGACGAAAUAAGCUCACUAAAAAAUAUAAUUGAAAAAUACAAGAAAGAUUUUAACCAAUCGAAAGCCGAACAAAGCAAUAUUCAACGCGACCUAAAUUUACAAAUAUUGAACCUGGAAAGUAAGCUCAUUGAAAGCGAGGAUCAAUUACGAUCAUUAAGAGAUUCUCAAAGAACGGAGAUAGAAAAUUGGAAAAGAAAAUACAACGAUCUCUCCCUUGAAAACGAUAGACUGUUGGCUGAAAAAACAUCUGCUUCAGACAAAGAGCAUGAAGUGUCCAUUUUGAAUAGAAAACUUGAUGAAUUAGACAAAGAAAAAUGGAGCUUGCAGGAAUCCAAAGAAAAGUAUAAGCGCGAAUUACAAAAGUUAAUCACUGCAAAUGACCGGUUACGAAGAGAGAAAGAAGAAUUAAAUGAAAACAGCAACAACAUUCGUAUCAUGGAAGAAAAAAUGACAAGAAUAAAAAAGAACUAUUUAGGUGAGAUUACCUCUUUACAAGAGGAAAAUAGAAGACUUGAAGAACGCCUCAUAUUAAAUGAGAGACGCAAAGAUGACAAUUCAAUCAUGCAAUUAAACGACACUGUAAGUUACUAUAAGCUGAAAUAUCAUUCGGAAGUAAGACAUAAUAAUGAUCUAAAGGUGAUCAAUGAUUAUUUGAACAAGGUGUUAGCCUUGAGUACUCGCCGUUUAAGAUCAGACACAAGGAAAGGCGAGCAUAGUUUAAACAUUGCAAUCCCGGAAGACGACGAAUUAGACCGUGACUACUAUAAUAGUCAUAUUUAUACAAGGUAUCAUGACUAUGAUUACCCACUAAGAUUCCAUUCGCACAGAAGAGGUCCGUACUUUGAGCGCCGCUUGAAUUUCAAGACUGUUGCUCUUUUGGUGCUUGCGUGCGUGAGAAUGAAGAAAAUUGCAUUCUAUAGGAGGUCAGACGAUGUUAGACUAAGAACACUAAGAGACAAAAUUGAGAGUAAUAACGGUCGCAUAUCUUGGUAA